GUUUUUUGGUGAAUAUAAUCUUUGCUCAACCGGUUGAAACUUGCCUCCUAUAGGCUAUAGUUCUUAGAUGGUAUCACAUGUCCAACCAGAGCAAAUUGACAAUUUGAUAUCAGACAAUAGAAUUCAGACUAAUCGAUUGUGUGUAUGCGAACAAAAUAAUACCGUUGGACGAACAGCAAUAAAGCAGAUUUAGGCUAAGGAGUAAGCGACACAUGGGAGACGAUACACAGAAACAUUGACUGACCGAGAGAGCGAGAGCAGUGUAUGGCUCGGUCCGCUUUCGACGCCUCAAUCCUCGAUUCUACUUCAAGACUUCUCACAUUGUUGGAUCUCAACGAAGAAGAUCACAGAAAGAAGCAAAAUAUGGAGGAUUUGGACGUUGAUCAGAUAAUUGAUGUUCCUGACAAUCCUGACAGAAUGACAACGCGGAAGAAUGGUGAAAAGAAUAUCGGCUCUUCAGUAGCUGGUAAUUCUGUUAAUGCUGAUUCAUUGCGUAAAUAUGUUCCCAAUUUGCUCAGAGGCAGGGGCAAAUUGAUUACUGAAAAUGGGAACAGCAGCAGAUCUUAUCCACGUUCCCAAAAAGAACUCACAUUUACUGAUAAAACAGAGCAUGGCAUUUCCUCCAUUUUCCCCUUUUCAGACAAUGCAACUGUUUCUAAAAAGUCUCAUUUUAGGACUAUGAUGCCACGACAGACAACUAAGCUUGAGAUUAAAUCUUCUGCCCAACCUCAACAUUCGGUACAUGUGCCUUGUAGUUCUCAUGGUCGUGGUGACAGUGAUUGUCUAGCCGAUAGAACUAAGCUUGGUGGUAGGUCUGGUAUUCCUGAAGUAUUUGUCUCUGAUGUCAGAAUUCAAGAUGGAAGCAGAGGAAAAUUAAUUGACUUGAUUUCAAAUGACAAAAGCCCAUCAUAUUCUACCAAUCCUAGGAAUACAAGAAGGAAGAUGCUCUCAGGUGACAUGAACUUUGAUAAUGGGAAGGUUGUCUCCACUGGGACUCCUAGACUUUUUAGUUGCAUACCUGAGAACCAUGUCCUAGAUUUGACCGUCCAGAAUGAAUUUAGUGCAAUACCUGAAAGGGAAGGUAAUGAAUCAAAAUAUCUGGCUGAAAAGGUUAGAAAAGGAUCAAUAGCAGCCAAUGGCUGCCCUUCAACUCAUGUUGUACGAACCUCUUCAAGAGCAUCCAGCAGUGCCUACAAAGGGAAAACCAAAUUAGAUGAUAAUACAUGUGAUGAUGAUGGGGCAGGUCUGGAUUUCAUCGAAGCUAUUGAUUUGUCCAAUGAUUCUGAAUCAAAAACCAAACAAAAGAUGCAUAUAUCUCCACAUUCUACUUCCUCACCUAGGAAAAUUGGGCAAAAGAGGCUUGUACGCAAUGGAUGCAUCUCUCCAUAUAAUAUAGCAAAGGCUAAACAUACGGCUGAAAGCCUUGGUAAGAGUUCCAGAGGUGCUAAACAGAAUGACUUCACUGAAACAGUCUCAAGCAGUGGGACUUCAUCUUCUGAAAUUCAAAUCAUUAGCCCCAAUUCUGAAGGCAACCAUACUGCUAGGAUGAAAGGAAAAGGAGUACUUAAUGACCAAAUUCCAGCAAAGGGGAAUGAUGGCAAAGCUUUACAUUUUCAGAGAAGAAGUUCAAUAAAUCUUGUGGAGGAGGCUAGUCGAGGGAGUGGUGGCACCAAUGGAGAUGUUUCUCAAUCCUUUGAAGAGAGAAGUGUUUGGAGAAGUACACAAAAUCCUUUAAGGAAAUUAUCUUCAGUCAUGUUUGAUGAGGUUGGACAUCUUCCUGGGGAUGAUAAAAGACAUGGAAACAGAAUGGAAAAUAUAAAUUAUGUAAAUGCAGUUAAUAAUAGUCCUCAGAUUACUAAUUCUGUUGAAGUCAGGAACCCGGCUACCAUGCAGCAUGGGGCCACUCAACAUUUAUCUCAAGCAUCUUCAAGUAUUAUUUUCAAGUCAGAUAAGGUAAACAGGAAACUUAAUGGAGAAAAUAAGCUAAUGAAAAGACAAAAGAAACAUGGUCCCCAUGGUAGUAAUACUGGUGACUGCUCUACUUCGACUUUUGAUGACUCAGAAGUUGCUUAUCUCUGUUCCUCUGGCGAACCUCCUAAUGCAAGAACAACCAGAACCCGGAAUCCUUGUUGCCGUGGUGCUUCAGGCCCUAUAAUAGAAAUUGAUGAUAUAUCUCCAGAAAUUAGAUGUAGUAAUUCUCAAGAUGCAAGUCGAGCGGUCAUUGAUGACUCAGAUUCUAGGGCAAGGCAGGUAGAAGCUGAUGAGAUAUUGGCUCACCAACUCCAAGAACAAUUUUAUAAUGAGUUACCAGGAGCUGCUUUUGGAGAGAUUGAUGCAGGAAUUGUGAGGACUUUGCAACAGGAAGAGGAUACACACUUUUCCUCCUUUCGUGGGUCUCGACAUUCUUCACAUCAUAGAGACCCAUUGAUGUCACAUUUUCGUAGACAGUAUCCAGCACGUUCGUUCCAGAACUCUUCAAUUCGGUCAUCAAACCGUGGUCGAGUUUCAACCUCUGCAAGAAUGGCAAGACCGAGAGCUAGCUUUCUUGGUCAAUCUCCUAUCAUAUCAUCUAGGGAGAGAACUAUUGAGUUUCCAUCAACUAUGGAUUUUGAGACGAGAAUCCAUAUAUUGGAAGCAUUGGAAGCUAGGGUUGGCAACAGUAAUGACGUAGGGAUGGCUGCGCACUUCUUUCAAGUUCAACGCGAUUUCAAUGAAAAUGAUUAUGAGAUGCUUUUGGCUCUUGAUGAGAAUAAUCACCAACAUCGUGGUGCAUCUCUCAGUCAGAUUAAUGGCUUGCCACAUUCAAUUGUCCAGACUGACAAUUUUGAAGAAGUUUGUGCAGUCUGCCUUGAGACCCCAACAAUUGGUGAUACAAUUCGCCAUCUUCCCUGCUUGCACAAAUUUCACAAAGAUUGUGUUGAUCCUUGGCUGAGAAGAAGGACAUCAUGCCCAGUUUGCAAAUCAUCCAUCACUUGAUUUGUACAUGAAGCUGAGUACUUUGCCAUUUAAUUACAGCAGGUUAAACUUGGGUUGCAAGAAAUAACAUGUUCAUGUUGUAGGUAAUCAGCAAUCCAUUCAUUUAUGCCUGAAAUUUGUUUUCUUUCAAUCUUUCGUUAUGCUCUUGAAUUCGAGUCAUUUCAAGUUAUACAGUGAAAAUUGUUCAUCUUCUGGAAUCCUGGUAUCUGUAUCUAUUUUCUUGAAGAGAUGCUGUACACAAUUGAGACAAGAUGCAAGAAAUUCAUGUAGGGCAAUUUAAAAAUGCAUCUUUCCUGUUUCUGCCAUGGAUUUCUACAGACUGAUUGUUCGCCUUUGAACUCAUUUUUGAGUGCAUUAUGCCUGAUCUCUAUACGUUC